UUUGCAUAAAGAAUUACAAUUUACAGAAAGACAAAAUAAGAAAAUAGAAAAUAUUUGUAUUUCUUCUCUUAUUCUGGUAAACCCUACCAUAUUUAUAAACUUUUAUUAAUUUUCUUUUUUUGUUGGAAAAAUGGUUUAAUAUUUAUUUACGGAUUUUGAUACUUCUAAAAAGAAUGAUGGUGAUGAAUUGAAUAAGGAAGGUAGGCAGAGACCGAUGAACAUCUUAUGUACUGUCUUUUACAGUUUUCAAGGCCCUUCUUUUGUCCUUAUUUAUUUAUUUAUUAAAUUUCAAAAUAAUAUUCAAUUAAUAAUAUAUCACAACAACAGUACAGUACAGUAGUAGUACCAUAUUUUAUUUAUUUAUUUAUAAAUAUAUAAAAACUCUCAACUCAAAAGUGAUCAAACUCUAGUCUUCUUGAAUUGAUCACUCUGCCAAGGCAGAAAAUGUCGACACCAGCAACUACAAAUCUUCAUCGCUUCUCAAAUUCUCCAGCCAAACUCCGGCCACUGUUUGCCUUUGUAGUGGAUGAGACCACCAUUGUACAACAUAAAUUGAGGAUCCCAAAAAAAUGUGUUAUGUUAUUUGGUGAAGAGCUUGGUGAGAUGGGAACUCUCACUGUUCCUCAUGGCAAUGGUAAUCGAGCAUGGAAAAUAAGAAUAGUGAAAAAUGGAAAGCAUAAGAAGAAAAAAAGUCAUAAUAACAACAACAAUAUUUGGUUGAAAGAUGGUAUGGAGGAAUUUAUCAACUACUAUUCCAUUCACUUACACUCCAUUUUGCUACUCACUUAUCAAGGAAACUCAAUGUUUUCUGUUCGCAUUUGUGAUGCUUUGGGUUCCGAGAUUGAUUAUCCAUUUGAUGAAGAUGAUAGUGAUGAUGAUGAUAGUGAUGAUGAUAGUGAAGAUGAUGAUGAUGAUGAUGAUGAUGAUGAUGAUGAUGAUGAUGAUGAUGAUGAUGAUGAUUAUGAUGAUGAUGAUGAUGAAGAUGUAUGUGGAUCAUCUAAAAGAAAAGGCUAUAAUAGUCAAAAGCAGCCUAGAAAGAGCUUUAGAAGAAGUGUUGAUUCCAAAUCCAACCACCAUAAUUCCAAACACUUUCAAACAAGUAAUAAUGGUAGAAGCUUUAUCAAAAAAGAGAAUGAGGACGAGGAAGAAGAAGAAGAAGAAGAAGAAGAAGUAAAUGCUGAGAAUGAAAUGAUUUUCCCAAAAAGCUUUAAGUAUUGUAAUGCAAGAAGAACCUUGUCCAAGGAAACUAAGAAGGCAAUUCAAGCUGCAUGUGCUUCAAAACUACACAAUCCUUCUUUCUUGGCUGUUGUCAAACGUAUUGUGGAAGUGCCUGCUGAAUUUGUAAGAAGGCACAUGAAAUCUUGCCCAGAGAAGAUUCAACUACAAGUUAGCAAUGAUCAGAAGAAGAAGAAGAAGAUAUGGGAUGUUAGGUGCUAUUAUGCGCACAAAGAUUGUACUUUUGUGAAGAGACUAGGCAAAGGGUGGAGUUUGUUCUCGUCCACUCAAAAGUUGAAACAAGGAGAUGUUUGUGUGUUUGAGUUGAUUCCUAAUAUCAGUGGUGUCAUCUUAAGGGUUUGGAUUUAUCGUGCAUGAAAUUGAUACCACUAAAUCUUUUUAUUAGUAGCUUUUAUUGGAAGAUUUUAAUUGGUUUCUUCACAAACUCAUAUAUGGUUUGCCCUUUUUUGAACAAUGGGUUUAAAUUAUGCAUUUGUAGUAUAAAUAUUUAUAUAGUUUGAACACGAUUUGGUUGGUUAGAGUAUUGUCUUUGUUCAAAGAUGAUGUUGUUCUCUGUUAGCCAUUGUCGUUAAAAUUGUCAAAGUUGUUGUUGUCUUUCAAUGAUGGUCAAGGUCGUAAUAAAGGUAAUUUUUAGAUA